AUGGACGCGGCUCAGUUGGUGAUUCUGUUCUUGGCGCUUGCCGCCGCGACGCGGGCGGCGUCGGCGUCGGGGGCGCGGCCGAGCGAGGUGACCGUCGGCGCUCUCUUCACGUACGACUCCACAAUUGGCCGCGCGGCGCAGCUCGCCAUCGAGCUCGCCGUCGAUGACGUCAACGCGGACGGCAAGGUCCUCCCCGGGACCCAGCUCAAUUUGGUGCCCCAGGACACCAACUGCAGCGGCUUUCUUGGGACCAUCGAAGCGUUGCGGCUAAUGGAAAAAAGCGUAGUUGCAGUGAUUGGCCCACAAUCCUCUGGGAUAGGCCAUGUCAUCUCCCAUGCUGUUAAUGAGCUACAUGUACCUCUUCUAUCAUUUGCGGCUACAGAUCCAACUCUCUCUGCAUCAGAGUAUCCGUACUUCAUCAGGACAACCAUAAGUGACUACUUCCAAAUGAAUGCCGUUGCUAGCAUUGUUGAUUACUAUCAAUGGAAAAGAGUGACUGCUAUAUUCGUUGAUGAUGAUUAUGGGCGAGGUGGCGUGGAAGCCCUCGGUGAUGCGCUUGCAUUAAAGAGGGCAAAGAUUUCAUAUAAAGCAGCUAUUCCUCCAAAUUCAAAUACAGACGUGAUCAAUGAUGUACUAUUUAGAGCAAAUAUGAUGGAAUCAAGGGUCAUGGUUGUGCAUGUCAAUCCUGACACGGGGAUGAGAAUAUUUUCUGUAGCUAAGAACCUCCAAAUGAUGGCCAGUGGCUAUGUCUGGAUAGUAACUGAUUGGCUAGCUGCUGUCCUUGAUUCCUCAGCAUAUAGAGAACUUAAAGAUAUGAGUUAUAUUCAGGGACUAAUUGUUCUGCGUCAGCACAUUCCUGAAUCUGAUGCCAAGGAUAAGUUCAUAUCUAAAUGGAAUAAUGUGGCUCGUAACAGAAAUAUUACCUCUGGCUUGAACUCGUAUGGUUUUUAUGCUUAUGACUCGGUUUGGGCAGUUGCUCGUGCUGUCGAUAAAUUUCUCAGUAGUGAGCAACAGAUCAACUUCUCAACAGAUCCCAGGUUACAAAAUUUAAAUGACAGCACGUUGCAUCUAUCAACUCUGAAGAUAUUUGACGGUGGUGAGCAGAUGCUGCAGCAACUUCUCCUCACAAACUUUACAGGUGUUACAGGUCCAGUCCAGUUUGAUUCAGACCACAAUUUGGAUGCCCAGCGUAUGAUAUCCUUAAUGUUGCUGGCUCUGGCUCCGCUUGAUUGGCUAUUGAUGCCACGAAAUACAUCUACAAGUGCCCAGCAGCUGCAUGAUGUGGUAUGGCCUGGUGAUUCCACUACUAAGCCUCAGGGAUGGGUAUUCCCAAACACUGGCCAACCUCUGAGAGUUGGGGUUCCAAUUAAAGCAAGCUUUAAGGAAUUAGUGUCAGGCAGAGGAGAUAACAUGAGUGGUUAUUGCAUCGAGAUAUUCAACGCAGCAAUUAAACUGCUUCCUUACCCAGUUCCUUACCAAUUUAUAACUAUUGGGGAUGGCACAAAAAACCCUAGCUAUAUUGACAUCAUUAGAAUGGUUGCUGCCAAUUCACUUGAUGCAGCUGUAGGCGACUUUGCUAUAGUGAGAAAUGGAAUGCAGCUUGCAGAAUACACACAGCCUUAUAUUGAGUCAGGGCUUGUGAUGAUAGUAGCGCCCGUGAAACAUGUAACUUCAAGUGCCUGGGCUUUCCUUGAACCUUUCACAUUGGAGAUGUGGUGUGUCACAGUUGCUCUUUUUAUUUUGGUGGGUGUAGUAGUUUGGCUUCUUGAACAUCGUACUAAUGAGGAAUUUGGGGCUCUCAAAGCGACAAGUCAUAACAAUGUUAUGGAAUUGACGGAUGAUAUGUGCUUCUCUUUCAGGUUUAGCUUCUCAACAAUGUUCUUCGCACACAGAGAGAACACUGUAAGCACACUUGGGCGGUUCGUGUUGAUAAUAUGGUUGUUCGUUGUGCUGAUCAUCACUUCAAGUUACACUGCUAGCUUGACGUCAAUCCUCACUGUCCAACAGCUCUCAACUGGAAUUACAGGGAUUGAUAGUUUGGUUUCAAGUUCUUUACCUAUUGGAUACCAGGCCGGAAAAUUUACCAAAAGGUACCUGAGUGAAAACUUCAAUGUUCCUCUCUCUCGACUGGUACCACUGAAUACGAUCCAGGAAUAUGCUGAUGCCCUUAACCGUGGACCAAAAUACGGCGGUGUUGCUGCAAUAGUUGAUGAGAAGCCAUAUAUUGAUAUCUUCCUGUCAAACUACUGCAAAUUCAGAAUAGUGGGAGAGGAAUUCACAAAGGAAGGAUGGGGCUUUGCAUUCCAGAGAGACUCCCCCCUUGCUGCAGAUUUAUCGACAGCAAUCCUUCAACUUUCAGAGAGUGGCCAACUUCAGAGAAUCCACGACGAGUGGUUCUCACGGUCUAGUUGCUCCUCAGAUGACAGCGAAGUGGGAGCAACCAGGCUUGGCCUCGGAAGCUUUUGGGGCCUCUUCCUUGUGUGUGCCCUGAUAUGCCUCUUCGCUCUGCUGGUAUUCUUCAUACGAGUCUGCUGGCAGUACAACCAGUACUCCAGUUCUGAAGCUGCUGGCGAGCCCAGCGCAGGUGCCGCUGGUCCUGUCAUAAGACAGCGGCGACUAUCACGCCUUGGCAGCUUCAAAGAGCUGAUCCAGUUUGUCGACAAGAAGGAGGAGGAGAUCAAGAAAACGAUGAAACGAAGAUCGAGUGAUAAAGAUAGCCAAGCUGCAGGAUUCUCAUAUGCUCAGUCAGUGGCUUCAGCAUAG